AGUUCACCGCCUGUAAACAGGAAUGGCGCUCCGUGUGGGACCUCUGCGUCUGAACCGGCUCUUCAGCAAAUGCCCACCGUACCUGGGCGUCCUGUCUAAAAAUGCGUCGUCCCAGUCAGCCCCGUCCAGUGUCCCGGAGUCUCCGGAACACCAUUUAAUCUACACACGAGAGCACUUCGCCUUAAAGGAGUCGCUCAGAAAGAUCAUCGAUCAGGAGAUUAACCCCCAUGUGGAUCAGUGGGAAGCCGAAGGCGCCUUUCCAGCCCACAAAGUCUUCAAGACCUUAGGAAGCGCCGGCUUUCUGGGCGUCAGCAAACCAGUUGAAUAUGGAGGGUUGGGACUGGACUUCAGCUACAGCGUAGCGGUGGCAGAGGAACUGGGUCACAUCAAGUGUGGGGGGGUCCCCAUGGCCAUCGGCGUGCAGAGCGACAUGGCCACUCCGGCUCUGGCCAGGUUUGGUUCGGCUGAGCUCAAGGAGGAGUUCCUCCGUCCCACCAUCCUGGGGGACAAAGUGGCCUGCCUCGGCGUCAGUGAAGCCGGAGCUGGAUCCGAUGUCUCCAGCAUCAAGACCAAGGCGGUGAGGAAAGGCGACGAGUUUGUGAUCAAUGGAGGGAAGCUGUGGACCACCAACGGCGUCCAGGCCGACUGGAUGUGUCUCCUGGCCAACACCAGCGACGGACCACCACACAGGAACAAAUCCCUCAUCUGUUUGCCCAUGAACCUGCCAGGAGUUCACGUUGCCCGUAACAUUAAAAAGAUCGGGAUGUGGUCAUCGGACACGGCCGAGGUGUUUUUCGAUGACGUCCGUGUUCCCUGUAAGAAUGUCAUUGGCCAGGAAGGCAUGGGCUUCACCUAUCAGAUGCUUCAGUUCCAGGAAGAGAGGCUGUGGGCCGCCGCCAACGUCUUAACCACCAUGGACAACAUCAUUCAGGAGACCAUCCAGUACACCCGGCAGAGGAAGAUCUUCCAGCAGCCCAUCCUCUACCACCAGGCCGUUCACUUCAGGCUGGCGGAGCUUCAGACGGAGGUGGAGCUGCUGCGCGCCCUCCUCUUUCAUGCCGUUGCGUUGUACAUUAAAGGCAUCGAUGUCACCAAACUGGCAUCCAUGGCCAAAUUAAAGGGGGGCCGCUUGGCUCGGGAGCUCAGCGACAGCUGCCUGCAGUACUGGGGAGGGAUGGGCUUCACCAGCGACGUGGCAGUCAGCAGAUUUUACAGAGACGGCAGGCUGAUGUCCAUCGGAGGAGGAGCCGACGAGGUGAUGCUGGGAAUCAUCUGCAAGUACAUGGACAUCCUUCCCAAGAAGUAAUGCGUGCGGAUCAACUCAUCCAGGACCGCCGUCUAUGCCUUUAAUUUAGCAGUUAAUCAUUUUUAAAUCUGCUUUGUGAUUUUUACUAAAAUUCAGGCAGACCUGCUGCAUCUUAAAGGUGUCAGUCACUUGGUGUAGGAACAUUUUUCAUGCUCUUUCAGUGAUUCUGGUUUGAUACUUUACAUAAGCUACGUCCUGUAAUACAGUCUGUCGAUGAAGCUUGAAGCCUCAGCUUGCAUUACAGUUUCCAUAUAGUGAAUCAAGUGUUUAACACAGAGAUUUAGCACUUUUAAUGUGUGUUAUUUUUUUUUUUUUUUUGCAAUUAAAUGUUCAGUCUUUUCUGGAAUGUCUGGCUACCAGACAAAAACAUUAAAAACUCACCAAAGUGCCGUUACGAAUGCGAAGACUUUAAUCUAUUCAGUAUGACACAAUUUAAGGUGAACACGACAGUGUUUUCUCACAAGUAGAAAAUGGUUCUUUAACUCUCUUCUUACAAAUUUACAACUGAUCCUUGCAUGUAAUAAUGUGAAUGUUUGAUAUUAAACAAAAACGGUUAUUGUAA